AUGAUUAUGAGGAUGUGGAGAUCUGCUUCUACUUAUCGCAACCUACGCAGACACAGAGGAGGUUUGCCUUUUCUUGAAUCUAGUGUUUUCUUCAACAACUACUUGGGGGCUUUGUUUCAUUCUCAAUGUUUAGAGCGAAGAAAAUAUAAAAACAUAUACAAGGCUCGGCAUUUUGAGAGCAACUCAAACUCACCCGAAAUCACUGAUCUUGAGGACGCUUUGAAUUUGUUCAAUUCGAUGCUUCAAACGCGUCCUCUGCCUUCAGUUGUCGAUUUCAAUCCAUUAUUGGGUCAAGUUGCGAAAUUGAAACAUUAUUCUGCUGCCAUCUCUUUGUGUAAGCAAAUGGAUCUGUUGCCAAUUCUUCCUAAUGUCUCUACUCUAAACAUUAUGAUCAACUGCUUUUGUCAUCUGGGCCAAAUGGGCGGUAGCUUAUCGGUCUUGGCAAAGUUGUUCAAGGUUGGCUUUCAACCCGACGCUGCCACCUACAACACUCUAAUCAAGGGCUUCGUUAUGGAGGAUAGAAUUUCUGAGGCAGCAGCACUUUUCAGUAAAAUGCUGGAGGACGCGCCCUCAUAUUCCUUUACCAAAUUAGGACAUCCUAAUGCCAGGACACAUAUCUUUACCCAUUUAGGACAACCUAAUGUCAGGACAUAUACGGUAAUGAUUAGCGGACUUUGUAGCAAGGGCCGAAUUAGUGAAUCGGAAAACUUACUUACACUAAUGAAGGAGAGGGGUUGUUCUCCAAAUGGCUGCACCUACAACACACUUAUCCGAGGGUGUAUCAAUAAUAAAGAGACAUCAAGGGCGUUCAGACUUGUUCAAGAAAUGGCAGACAUGGGUUUCUCUGCGGAUGAUUCAACCAUGAAAUGGGUAGUUGAUUUAUUGUCCAAGGAUAAACUAGAUCCUGAAUUGGUUAAACGUAAUUGGUAUUUGAAAUUAUUUUACACAAUGCUUAAACCCUAA